ACUCAGCAUUUAGCUCCCAGACGUCCAGCCUCUCUACACCUCUGGAUCUUUCUCCUUCACUGUUCUGCUUCAUACAAAUUACUUUACUCUACUAACUACUGUCCUUCCAUCUUUGCAUUUUCUCAGUUUCUUCCUUUCAUUUGCUGGACAUCGUCACCAUGAGUGGUAAGCUGUGGACAGAGGAGCAGUUUAACUGCCCUGUGUGUCUGGAUCUCCCCAACGAUCCAGUCACCAUCCCCUGUGGGCACAGCUACUGCAUGACCUGCAUCAAGGAUUACUGGAGCAAGGACGACCCCAAUGGGACCUACAGCUGCCCCCAGUGCCGCAAGGCCUUCAGCCCCAAGCCCACCCUCUCCAGGAACACCAUGCUGGCAGAAGCUGUGGAGCAACUUCGGAAGGGGGCCAGCAAAUCUGAUGUGAGGGAGUCUAUCCGUAAAGCCCGCAGGGCGUCCUCCUCCUCCACCAAACCCAAAGGGAAGCUCUCCUCCUCAGCAGUGACCUGCGACAUGUGCAAAGGGGAUCGGCGCGCAGCGGUCAAGAGCUGCCUGGUGUGCAUGAGCUCCUACUGUGAAGCCCACCUGAAGCCCCACCAGACCAAGAAGGCCCUGAAGCAGCAUGAGCUCAUCGCACCCACGGGCAAUCUGGCCGAGAAGAUCUGCACGCAGCACAAGUACCUGCAGGAGUUCUUCUGUCGCCAGUGCAAGAUGUUCAUCUGCUGGCUCUGCACCAGCGACCUGCACAAGGGCCACGAGUGUGUGUCCACCAAGGCCGAGCGCUUGGAGAAACAGAAAGUGAUCUCCGAGCUGCAGGUGGGGAAUCAGCAGAGACUGAGAGACAGAGAGCAGGAGCUCAAAGACAUGAAGAAGAUCAUGGAGGGGAUGAAGCGUUCCUCAGACAGGGUACAUGAUGACACGGAGCAGGUGCUGUCGGAGCUGCAGCGCUCCAUGGAGCGUCUGCAGGAGCUCCUGGAGGAGGUGCUGGACCAGGCCAGCAUGGAGAAGAUGGGCCAGGCCCAGGAGGUGGCCGACAGUCUGGAGGCUGAGAUCAUGGAGCGGAAGAGGAGGGACACAGACAUGAAGGACCUGGGGCGCUGCGAGGACCACAUUCACUACCUGCAGGCGUACGAGUCCCUGAUCAGCCCCUUGGAGUCGGGCGAGCUUCCCAGCUUGGCGGUCAAUCCAGACGCUUCCUUUGAGCCUGUGCGAGACGCCAUCCUGGACCUCAGGGAGCGAGUGGAGGACCUGUGCAACCAGGAGCUGGGCAAGAUCACCAAACAGGUUAAUGAAACAACAAUGUUCACCUUGGGAGACGCCAAUCAGAGCUCAGGAGCCAAAGCCGGGUUAUUAAAAUUGUUUUCUGGUCUGGGAUCCCGCAACACAAACAGCCGUUCACCAGCUUCAUCAUCCAGUGUGUCAGUUGGAGGUCGGAGUACAGACAGAAGAGGAAUUGGUUUAGGCUUCCAGAGUCAGGAUGUGAGGAGCAGAAACGCACCACGAGACACAGGAAACACAAACUCCCCCAGACAGAGGAGAGAGGAGAGGGAGACAGUGAGGGAGACAACCCCCAGACCCAUCCCGACUCCCAGCCCAGCUCCCAGCCACAGAGCGUCCCAGUCCCUCGGGAGCAGAUUCAGUCAGAACCAGGCACCCAGUCCGACUCCCAGUCCGACUCCCAGCCGCAAAGAGUCCCGGUCCACUGGGAUCAGGUCCAGUCAGAACCAGGUUGCUCAUGCUGCGUCUCCGACUCCGACUCCAGCUCCUGCAUCGUCUGGAGGUUUCAGUCGGAUGGCGUCGAUCAGCAGCCUCUUCCGCUCCGGCCGGCGGGGCAUCCAACAGGCCACCCCUGCUACCUCAGCAAUCCCCUUCACCAACACACCAUCUGCAGGAGGAAACCCAUGGGGAAUGGACGCUCUGUCUGAAACACCAACAGAAAUUAACCCUGGUCUCUUCUUGGACACGCCCACCCCUGAAACCAUGAAUCAUGCUCCUGUUUUCCCUUUAUUGAGAGAAAUCAGCAUCGACAGCAUCCAGGCCCCAGAGCCGAGAUCCAGAGAGGAGUUCCUCCAGUACUCUGUGAACUUGACCCUUGACCCCAACACAGCCCACCGCCGACUGGCUCUCUCCGAGGGCAACACCAAAGCCAUCCUGCAGGUUGCGGGGCAGCCCUACCCCGACACACCACAGCGUUUUGACGGCUGGACCCAGGUGAUGUGCCAGAGCCCGCUGUACGGCCAGCACUGUUACUGGGAGGUGGAGUGGAGAGGCCGCGGCUCCUCUGUGGGCGUGGCUUACGGAGCCUUGAACAGGAAGGGCUCAGAUGCCAGAUCUGGCCUUGGGUACAACGCCCAGUCCUGGACCCUGGAGCUCUCAGACACCUGCUGCUCAGCCAUGCACGCCAAUGAGAAGAGGGACAUACCGGUCACCUACUCCCCCCGUCUGGGCAUCUUCCUGGACCUGUCCAUGGGGACGUUGGCUUUUCACAGUGUGGCAGAGAGCAUGACACACCUUCACACCUUCCGCGCCAACUUCACGCAGCCCCUCUAUGCCGCCUUCGGGGUGGGGAGCGGUGUCGGGGUGGGUCUGGACUUUGCCCUCGGCAAGUUUACCUCAAGCAGUGACAGCAUUAAGAUCUGUCCCAUGUGAGGACGCAGGCUGGACAGUGGUGCGACUGGUGGAUCAUACUGGAGUGGUGUCACCAGAACAGCUGCCUUCAGAGUUUAAACACAGCAGCGUGGUGUAAAAAGCAUUGUAAUGCAUCUGUCACACACUGACUGGAAGCUCCUGUGAUGAUUGGUUUUAAUGUCUUUCUUUUUUCAUAUUUUAAAUGCACUUCUUUUUUAAUUUAUUCUUUUUCUUUUUUAUGUUGGAAUUUUUAUUAUGAUGAAAAAAUAUUGGGUACUUUGAAAAUCCUGUAUAACCAUGAUCCAAUCCUAGGGUAUUUAUAAUUGGCUGUUCAAUUUUAAACACCACAAUAAACAAGUAUACCACAGUACAAAGUAAUGAAUUAUUAAUUAACCAAUAAGUGAGUCAGUGAGUGAUUUGUUUCCAUUGCUUUAUUUAAAAAAAAGAGGCAGCCGAAUAAAAGCCAACAGUAGUUUACAGAGGAUCAUGAGCGUAGAGCUAAAGAAAGACACAAACCUGAACCUCCUGCUGUACUGAAUGGAGGGGAUACGACUAAUCUUAGGAUAUGAACAGUCUUCUUCCCUCUUGCCUCCCAAAUCACAAACAUACAAAAACAUUAAACCAAAGCUCAUCCUCCAUUGUUAAAUAUGUUACAGCUAAUGAGCACAGAUCGUGUCACGUGUACGUGUAAGUCAGAGCAUUCUAUUUCUUUUAAGAAAUUAAAAUAACACUUUGGGAUGGAUUUGGUUUCCCUUCUGCAGGCCUCUACAUACAAAAGCAGAAAAAUACAAAUAAUUAAAAAAAAAAAAAAAUGCUACAUAUAUUAAAAUCUUACGACAAACUGUUAGCCGACAUUGUUACAACAGGCACCCUUUAUGCUAAAUUGUCUCAUUAACAUGUUAAAAUCUAUAUAAAUUUAAAAUAGUAUUGUCAGUAAAACAAAAGCUUAAAUAAGUCGAUAAAAGUGCAGUAACUGAUGAUGGGGGGGGGGGCUGAAGGGUCACAGGGGUCAAGCACAAAGCUCAAAAAUGUCCUUUUACCAAAACAUGAGUUUAUGUUGUAUAAUAGACUACAUACCUAUAGUUUGGACCAUAUAUGAUACAACCCCCAAUUUUAAACAGAAAACAACCUCUCAUAGGAAACCUGGAUGUGACGUACAAAUAAAAUCAAGUGUCAGUGUUUAUUUUUCCCUCAAAACAGAACCUGAAAGUCUCCCAGGCCUGAAAGAAACACCAUGGCUGAAAUGACCUUUCUUUUAAAGCCCAAGGUUGUAGUGUUAAUAACCGUGCUGUGAUUCCUUCAAAUGAACCCGACCUCCACGUCCCACUGAGUGCAACCGGUACUCUGCAUACAAACAUGGUUUUUACAGAAACAAACCCAGAACAGUGCUAGCUUCUGCUUAAGGCCUCAUACCAUUAAAAACACACACAACACAAGGUCCUGAAGGAAAAGGCAGAUCUCAUUUUACCUGAUGCCUGAUUUGGUUCUCACAUCGCCUUCAGCCUGGGCCCCCCCAUCUGCCAACAGGUGCAUGCUGGGACCUGAAGGCAAGGUCACUUCACGUGUCAUGCAGACGCCUGACGCAGGGCAAAUGGACAGUCACCAGACAUCUGUGCAACGAUGGUCUAUUAUAAAAUCAUUAUUAGAACAUUAAUACUGGCAUGUUAGAUGCAUGAUCUGACCACAGGAUGGACCUGGCAGUAUGUUGUUCAAGCCAGCACUUGAAGUUCUCCAGUCCAUAAGUUGAAUCCCUUCUCUCCAGACUGAAGAUGUUUGAAUUCACUGAGGCGCGAGAUGUCUUUAAACCAGCGGACAUGAUGCUGUGUUAUUACAGACUGAAGCUUUUCCAGCCCUCUAUAAAACAA